CUAGAUGCACUUGAGCGCAGCCGGGUGAAACUCGCUUGUUGCCGGGCGCAUCCCAAGAGUACCUACGUUCCUUCAAGGCAAUCUCCAGUACAGAAGAAAUCAGGAGAUUUUCUGUAUUUUUUUUUUUACUUUACAGCUGGCAGGAAAAAAGGCAUCGAUUCAUCUGAAUUCAACGAGAUAACUUCGAUUAUUUUUUUUCCCUUUUCAUGGAUGUUUUCCUCGGUUCGUAUAUUAAAAUGAGAUCCAUGGACAUCUUCAUUUCCUAAAAACUGCAGCUGCACUUUGAUCUAAUGAGACUGUAAAGAGGCACUGCGGCUCCGGGACCUCAGGCAAACCGCUGCUGUUAAUCUUCUGCAUUUGCUUUGUUUCCAGUGUGUUUCAAACGAUACUGAAGUAUCGCUCUUUUGCGCCCAGAACAGUCCGACUGUGCCUGAAGGUUAUAUGUUUACUAAAAUGGAGCAGCCGUUUUACCAUGACGAGUCGUUUAUCUCGGCUUACAGCCACUCUGACACUUCCUUGCACGACUUCAAGGUCCAUAAGCAGCAUAUGGGUCUGAAUUCGGCCGAACCGUAUCGGAACCUCAAGUCCCAGCUGAGAGUCGAGACCGACUUCUACCAGGCGGCCAGUCAAGACGUGGGCUCGCUGAAGCUCGCUUCUCCCGAGCUGGAGCGGCUGAUCAUCCAGAACAGCAACGGCGUUAUUACCACCACGCCCACCCCUGGCCAGUACUUCUACAACCGGGGCAUCACGGAGGAGCAGGAGGGCUUCGCGGACGGUUUCGUCAAAGCUCUGGACGAGCUGCACAAGAUGAACCACAUGCCCCCGCCCAACGUGUCCAUUGGAGCCGGCGGCGUGACGACGUGCACGGCCGCGGCCCCCGUCUUCGGCUCCUCCCUGCAGCCCGAGCCGCCGGUUUACACGACGCUCAACGCGUACUCGUCCAGCACUAACCUCACGUCCGCAUCCGGCUACCCGACAGCCACCAUCAGCUACCUGCCGCCGCAGCAGCAGCAACAGCACCAGCAGCAGCAGCAGCAGCAACCGAGCGCCACGACGCACGCGUCGCACCACUUCCAGCACGCGCUGGCCGGCGCCGGACUGCACGCGCAGCGGCUCGUCGCCCUCAAAGAAGAGCCGCAGACGGUGCCCGACAUGCACAACAGCGACAGCUCUCCGCCCCUGUCGCCCAUCGACAUGGAGGAUCAGGAGCGCAUCAAGGCGGAGCGCAAGAGGCAGAGGAACCGCCUGGCGGCCACCAAGUGUCGGCGGCGCAAGCUGGAGCGCAUCGCGCGCCUCGAGGACAAAGUGAAGGUGCUCAAGUCGGACAAUGCGGGUCUUUCGAGCACCGCGUCGGUGCUGCGCGAGCAGGUGGCUCAGCUCAAACAGAAAGUCAUGACACACGUGAGCAGCGGCUGUCAGCUCAUGUUAACCAGCAAGAUGGAGUCCUUUUAAACGGCGGGAACGUGCGAAUGAACUUUAAAGUGUAAACACUGGAAGAUUGCUUUAAAUGUAUAUUGUUUUGUGUGUGUGUGUGUGUGUGUGUGUGUG